AUGGACAAUGAUUACUACUCCAUUGAUGCUAUCCUCGCAGAGAAUCAGAAAGUGCAGUGCACGUUCAAGGUCGACGUACCAGACCUUGGCUAUCUUGACGGAGGGUCAGAUCGCGACAUAAAGGCAUUAAGCAAACUUCAACUGCCUUUCUGGCUCACUCCUAUGCUUCUAUAUUCCGACUUUGCAGAUUGUACCGUGCCCCACGCAUUCAAUCAACGCGUCCGAAAUGCUUUGAACGCAGAUGCAACAAGCGUCAAACUGUCUGGACUCGUCGGUAGCGGUGGUCUGUGGUAUGCAUUCGGAAGGAUGAUCGCUGGGUUAGUAGAUGAUGAACAAGCCCAAGAUAUAUCAGAGAUGCUGUCCACCACCUUCAAACAACGCCUCGUAAAUAUUAUGGACCAGGCGCAUCACUUCGGCGCACUCGGUGCUGCGAACUCCGGAGGUGCAGGACAAGGUCAAGCGGGGGAAGACUUCAGAGAAGGUCUUGACGGUACGGAACGUGAACUAUUUGCACUUGCUCAGGAAAGUGCCAAGUUGACCAAGCAGUGGUUUGAGAGCAGCGACAAGGCUAAGAGAUGAUAUGUAUAAUUUCAGUAGUAUACUAGAAAGAUGAGAUGUAUUCGUACUCGUUGUAUUGAUGUAUAGACUGUCAUU